AAUAAACUGUUUUUCUUUGAUUGUUUCACAUUGUCUCACUAUCAAAACAAUAAAAACAAUGUUUUGGUAACAAACCAACACCUGACUGUAUUGUGUCUGAGAAAUGUAUGUAUUUACAGGAAAAUUAUAAACUUCAAGCCAAUUAGAAAUUGUCUUGUUACUCAUGCAUUAAAUGGGUCAACUGACCACUUUUACCUAUUUUAUUUAUUGCAGUAUGUAUGUAACAGCAUCUUUUUCUAACAAGUUUAUAUUUUAAGGUGAAACUAUCUGUCAAAGGCAAUUAUGUGAUUGUGAUUUAACAUACAUGACUUGGAUAUAAAUGUUUUUAACCAGCCUGGUAGAUCCUAAAGAUUAUGUUCAAGAGUAGCAUAGCCACGAAUGGCAGCAGCAAACAAAUGUUUCAAAACAAAAGCUACAGCCCAGUAAAAUGCACCAUGCAAACAAAAGAAAAGUGAAACCACCUAAAAAAAUACCAUGUUUCAUCAAAAAUAUUUACAGAUGCAAAGAUAGUCUCAAAAACGUUCAGGGACCAACUCCUUUAAGUCUUAGUAGCAGAUUUUUAUCUUAGAUUACAGUCUUUACAUCAAAACUUAAAAACAAGUUUAUUUUUAAUUGUAAUGGCGUGCACGUGCAUGGCAUUCACUCUGUUUUCUUAUGUUUUACUAGUUGAAUUUAUCAUUUUUAUUUUUGAUUCAGAAUGAUCCAUGCAGUCAAGCUAAGGUUUGCGAAAACCGGAAGCUUGCAGCCGACAUUAUUUUCAACCGGAAAUACGCAGGCCUUUAUAAAAAUCAGACGCGCUCAGAUUUCAAAAGCGCCCAAAAUGAAAUACGAUUUUUAUUUUGAAGGGCCAAAUCAAAUUGCGUCGUCACUUCCGUUUACUGUGCCCGACUCCAGCUUGCAUCAUUUUUCGUGUCAUUUGGCAGCCGGUUGCCGACCAUACGYCAUGGUGGAGCCAGUCCCUGAAUCGAUCAACUUUCCUUCUGAGGAGGAGAAGAUCUUGCAGUUUUGGAAAGAAAAGGAUUGCUUUCAGGAAUGCCUCAGACAGUCUAAGAACCGAACCAGGUACAACUUCUAUGAUGGCCCACCUUUUGCCACGGGUUUACCCCACUACGGUCACAUCUUAGCUGGCACCAUCAAGGAUAUUGUUACUCGCUUUGCCCACCAGAGUGGCUUUCAUGUGGACCGGCGCUUUGGCUGGGAUUGCCAUGGCCUACCUGUGGAGUAUGAGAUUGAUAAAACUUUGGGGAUCAAAGGGCCCGACGAUGUGGCCAAGAUGGGCAUCGCUGAGUACAACAAGCAGUGUCGAAAUAUUGUCAUGAGAUAUUCCAAUGAAUGGGAGAUUUCAGUGACAAGAAUGGGCCGCUGGAUUGACUUCAAGAAUGACUAUAAGACUCUUUACCCAUGGUUCAUGGAAACAGUCUGGUGGGUGUUCAGACAGCUCUAUGACAAGGGUUUUGUGUAUCGUGGAUUUAAAGUCAUGCCUUUUUCCACUGCCUGCAACACCCCCCUCUCCAACUUCGAGUCUAAUCAGAACUACAAGGAUGUCCAGGAUCCCUCUGUGAUUGUCAGUUUCCCUCUGCUCGAGGAUGAGAGUGUUUCUUUCAUCGCUUGGACGACCACGCCCUGGACACUGCCGAGCAACUUGGCCCUCUGUGUCAACCCAGAGUUCCUGUACGUCAAGGUCAAAGAUAAUGAUACAAAGAAGACCUACAUUAUGAUGGAAGCCAGACUGGGAGCUCUUUUUAAGUCGGAGGGUGAAUACACAGUCUUGGACAAAUUUCCAGGAAAAGUCCUAAAAGGAAAAAAGUACAAACCUCUYUUUCAGUACUUUGCCAAGUGUGAGGAGAAAGGAGCUUUCCAGGUGUUGAYGGAUAACUACGUCAAGGAGGAAGAGGGCACAGGCGUGGUCCACCAGGCACCUUACUUUGGAGCUGAUGAUUUCAGGGUGUGUUCAGAAUACAAGAUCAUCCAGAGAGAUCAGUCUCCUAUUUGCCCUGUGGACGCCUCAGGCUGCUUCACUUCAGAGGUCACUGACUUUGCAGGACAGUAUGUCAAAGAUGCAGACAAGAACAUUAUUAAAUUCCUGAAGGAAAAGGGACGUCUGGUCACUUCUAGCUCAUACAAACACAACUACCCUUUCUGCUGGAGGUCUGAYACACCCCUGAUCUAUAAAGCCGUUCCCAGUUGGUUCGUACGAGUUGAGGACAUAGUGGACAAACUUCUGGAGUGCAAUGGAAAAAGCUACUGGGUUCCAGAGUUUGUGGGGGACAAGCGUUUUGGAAACUGGCUAAGAGACGCACGAGACUGGGCGAUUUCCAGAAAUCGAUACUGGGGCACACCAAUCCCUCUUUGGGUCAGCGAUGACUAUGAGGAGGUGGUUUGUAUCGGCUCCAUUGCUGAGCUGGAGGAACUAACUGGAGUCAAAAUUACAGAUCUGCAUCGGGAAAGCAUUGACAGUCUGACAGUCCCAUCACGACGUGGUAAAGGUGUGCUGCGGAGGGUUCCGGAGGUGUUUGACUGCUGGUUUGAGAGCGGCAGCAUGCCUUACGCCCAGGUUCACUACCCAUUCGAAAACAAGAAGGAGUUUGAGGACUCCUUCCCUGCAGACUUCAUCGCUGAAGGCAUUGAUCAGACCAGAGGAUGGUUCUACACCCUUCUGGUCCUCUCCACAGCACUGUUUGGAAAACCACCAUUCAAGAAUGUGAUUGUUAACGGACUGGUGCUCGCCAGCGAUGGGCAGAAGAUGAGCAAGCGUAAGAAGAACUACCCAGACCCACAACUGAUUGUGCAAAACUAUGGAGCCGAUGCCCUCAGACUGUACCUCAUUAACUCACCUGUUGUGCGAGCAGAGAAUCUGCGAUUCAAAGAGGAGGGUGUGAGAGACGUGUUGAAGGAUGUUUUCUUGCCGUGGUAUAAUGCCUACCGCUUUUUGGUGCAGAACGUACAGAGACUACAAAAGGAGGACAACAUUCAGUUCCUGUACAAUGAAAACACAACAAAACAGAGUGACAACAUCAUGGACAAGUGGAUCCAGUCCUUCACACAGUCCCUCAUUCAUUUCUUCAGGGAUGAGAUGGGUGGUUACCGCUUGUACACUGUGGUGCCUCGCCUGGUCAAGUUCGUGGACAUGCUCACCAACUGGUACGUCAGGACCAACAGACGCCGCUUGAAGGGAGAGAGUGGCACUGAGGACUGCCUGUGGGCGCUGGAAACCCUCUUCGGUGUUCUGUUUUCCAUGUGCAGGCUGAUGGCUCCUUUCACACCCUUCAUUACAGAAAUGAUGUACCAAAAUCUGCGUCACCUCAUUGACCCUGCAUCUAUUGAAGAAAAGGACACCAACAGCAUCCACUACCUCAUGCUGCCUCAAGUCAGGGAGAGUUUGAUCGACAAACGUAUUGAAAGUGCUGUCUCUCAGAUGCAGUCUGUGAUUGAGCUGGGCAGAGUGAUUAGAGACAGGAAGACCCUGCCUGUCAAGUACCCACUGAAGGAGGUGGUAGUUAUCCACCAAGACCCAGAGGCCCUGAAAGACCUCCAGUCUCUGCAGAAAUACAUUCUUGAAGAGCUCAAUGUGCGACAGUURACACUUUCAACAGACAAGGACAAAUAUGGUAUCCGUCUGAGAGCCGAGCCAGACCACAUGGUGCUGGGCAAGAGAUUAAAGGGGGCCUUCAAAUCUGUCACUGCUUCCAUCAAGGAGCUCACCAACGACCAGCUAGAGGCCUUCCAGAAGACAGGAUCAAUCAUGGUCGAUGGCCAUGAGCUCCAUGAGGAGGACCUGAGGCUGAUGUACACCUUCGAUCAGAGUUCUGGCUCUGCUGCCCAGUACGAAGCACACUCUGAUGCUCAGGCCCUGGUGCUGCUGGACGUCACCCCAGACCAGUCCAUGGUGGACGAGGGCGUCGCCAGGGAGGUCAUCAACCGCAUUCAGAAACUACGCAAGAAGGGACGUUUGGUGCCAUCAGAUGAGAUAACUGUGUAUUACCGCUGCCUGCCUGAAGGGGAGUACUUGGCAUCUGUGGUCCAGGCUCACACUGACUUUAUUCUGGCUACCACCAAGGCUCCUCUUCUGCCCUUCCCUGUCCCAAAAACUGCCAGCAUCAUCAUAGAGGAGAAGACUCAGCUGAAGGGCUCAGAAUUGGAGUUAACUAUAGUAAAGGGAUGUACAUCCCCUCGAGCUCCUCUAAAUGGACCAGCAUGCUCAUACGUCAACCUCAGGCUGAAAGUCGGCAACAAACAACAAGAGGGUGUCAUUCUGUUGGAGAACCCCAAAGGGGAUAACAGACUAGACUUGGGCAAACUGAAGAAAGCUUGCAGCAGCAUCUUCGGAACCAAUAACGUCCCGCUCAAGUUCUACAGUGGUGGAACUGAACUGACCAGCAAAAUGGAUCUUCAAGCUCAGUGUGGUAAAACUUUAUAUGUGACUUCAGAAGCCUCCUCUACAGGCUCCGUCAACACAUCUGACACCCCGCUGUGUCCCUAUGUUAACCUGUCGCUGUGCAACGCACAACCAGCUGAGUGCCAGAAUGGAGACGUUGGCACCCUCCUGUUGGGGAACCCAGCAGGCCAGAAUGAGCUYGAUUACUCUGGUCUGCUCUCGGAGGCAGCCAAGGUUUUUGGGCUUCGCAGCAGACGGCUCAAACUCUACCAGGACCAGGACCUAACUCAAGAGCUGCCAGCUGAUGCGUCAGUAAAAUCUCUGAACACCAAAACUCUUUUCGUGAGAGUUCUUCCAACCACYGCCGAGGCAUAAAUCAGCCGAGGCUGGCUUAGGAACACAACUCCUCUGCAAAGUUUUUAACAGGAAAAAAUGGCCCGAAUGAAUUCAUUAUAACAUGAAGUGGUUUCUGUUUAGAUGCUUUUUGUUGUUGUUUUAUUUCAUUUUAUUUUUUUUAACGGUGAUUCAAACCAGGAUUAUCUGAGGUUCAUGUUUGAAAAUAUCAGGUUUGUCUUUAAAAGAAUCCAGUGCAUAGUUUAAUUCAUAACAUGACCAUAUUUAAGUCAUUAAUCGUCUCUCUCCUUGWUCACAUAUUUAGUUUUUUAGUUACAAAUCAGUUUGUACACCGUUUGUGUUUGGGCACUUAGUUACAAUAUCUCUUGGGAAAAGGAUUUACAUGCUUUACGUAAAACAGAUCCACUGAAUGACUAUUUCUACAAAACCAGUGAAAAGACUUGGUGAUAAAAAAAACUAUGGGAAUGUAAAGCUGCUGCUGGUGAAAACUAAGAUUUGUUUUUAUGUUUUUAUAGACAUAAAAUUGCAAACAAAUGGCAAAGGUUCAUUUAUUCCAUCUUAGUGUUUUUUWWUUUUUAUUUUUUCCUCAAUAAGUUCUGCAAAGAAAGGUUCCGGAGAAACUGUCUAACUCGAUUAACUGUCACUGUUACCAAUGGAGGAUUCUCUUUAUUAUGGUAAUGAUGCAGGUUACUUUCCAUCAUGACUUAUUUGCAAUAUGCUCAGCCCUCAGUAAUUAUAUUUUGGCACAUAAUUGCAAAAGGAAUUUGGGCCAUUGUGCUUCGACACUGUUGUAAAUUUAACAGAUAAACCUAUUGUGUUCUUUGCACUGGGGGGGUUCUUAUACAACAGAAAAGGCAUUUAAAAGUUGAAAUGGAUUUUUUUGGGCUGCUGUACUUUCGAGACAAAUGAUUCUGUCAUAAAAAAGAGCAACAAAUGCAUAAUGUAAUAUUUUAAGUGGGAACCAGAAUAAAUCAGAGGUGACUAAGAAUCUA